AACAGGAUGGUAGAGUGAAUACUCUCUCUUGACUGACUAGCUUGUAUACAAGCUGAAGGAAAGCUACAGCAAACAUGUCCAUCUAUGAUUUUUUUGCUGAGACAUUGGAAGGAGAGCAGGUUCCUCUGAGCAUCUACAAGGAGAAAGUGCUUCUCAUCGUCAACGUGGCCACCUUCUGAGGGUCAACAAUAGAGGAGUACCAUCGAAUGAAUGCACUGAUGGAAAUGUUUGACAACCUCAGCUUCACUGUGUUAGGAUUCCCCUGCAACCAGUUUGGUCUUCAGUCACCUGAGGGUAAUCAUGAAAUGCUCGAUAUUCUGAAGUAUGUGAGACCCGGUGGUGGGUUUGUACCAAAGUUUCCUGUCUUUUCAAAGGUUGAGGUAAACGGAUUAAAUGAAGAACCUCUUUUCACUUAUCUAAAGGAAUCGCUCCCAUUUGUGAAUCCUGUCAUAGGAGACAUUAAGAAGUUCUACUGGUCUCCGAUUAAAGUCAAUGACAUUAGAUGGAAUUUUGAGAAGUUUCUAAUUAAUGCAGAUGGUGUACCAUUCAAGAGGUACGAACUUCACUGCCCGAUUGAGACAGUGGAGAAGGACAUUACAACACUCCUCUGAUAGAUCAUGCUUGAUCUUUCACUGGUGGCGGAAUGAUGAUCCCUCAGUCAAUGCACAUAUGUACCUGAGCCGGAUCGGAUGUGAAGAGAGACAUUUGUUGGAGCUUUGGUGCAUUCACUCUGAGAACAAGUCCUCUUUAGCCACCUGAGGAGUUUCAGUGUUUCAUAUUUCUUGCAAAUAAGCAAAGAUCUUCUGCUCAAAAUAAAAAUAAACACUAUUGGAAAUAA